CAACAGUUGUCGUUGGCGUGUCGUCGGUUUCAGAGGUUUUUUGAAAGACGGUUUUUUAAAACCCGAUUCCCGCUCUGAGUCGCAGUUUAAACUGAACUACUGAAACUAUUCAACGCGCGUGAAAGAAUUCAUUGAUUUAUCUGUGUAUUUAGUGUGAGAUAUAACCUAACAGCUAACCCGAAUCAUUUGGCUGCACUUGUGUACCGCACCUAUCUGCAACUCAACGAAAAUUUGAAAAAUGUCGAGAACGUAUCCAAAUCAGACUCUGCAAAAUGAGCUACUUGCGAUCGAUAGAAAUCUCACGCGUCGAAAUGUCGCCGUCUGACGAUAAUUCCUUUGCCACAACUCAUGGAAACAAAAAGGCCACCUACACGGUGAUAUGCAUCAAGAUUGUGGAACUGUGCCUGCUUAUAUGCUGUUUGGGUCUAAUCGACGAGCCGGCCACCAAUUCUCAUCUGCGGGUGUUCAUCACUCCCCGAGUAGCUUCCCUUUGCUAUGUGACCUUUGGAGCAUUGACCAUCUACACGGCGAUCUAUCUGAUAAUGGCGCUCUUCGGUGAUUUGACUCCAUGGCGUACGGCUACCUUGUGGAAUCUAGUGGGCUUUGUGCUGUUCGUGGCCGUAACCGCUCUGCUCUUCCGGGAUUGGUCCACCACCAAGGAUCGAAACUACUGGCACCCGAAUAUGCAUCGUUUGGAUCUCGUGAUGGCUUCCGCCUCGAUUGCCUUGGUUACCUCGCUGGUCUUUUUGCUGGACAUACUCAUCACCCUGCGUUUUGGUGUCCACGGCGAUCUGGAAUGACAUGGUCGACCCCGUGAAGUUUGGCGGGAAAGAGGUAUCCAUUCGAUUCUCGCCUAGCGUGGACUGUAAUAUUUAUAGCUCCAUCUUAGAAGUAAGAGCCCCGUUCACAUCCCCGUCUCCCAAGCUAAUUGUAAUCCCACAAGAAAACAAAUUGCCAUCAUCGAAUCGAAAAUGUACAAAAUCGACGUCCGAGGAGGUUUAAAGUUCUUAAUCGGCUGCCCUGUUUAGUUUUUUUAUAAGCUUAAUACAUCGAGCAUCACGAAUGUUAUAUCUAAUUCAAUUAAUAAAUAAGAUUCAACGCAAAUAAAUUUUGUACGAGCGAAUAAAAUCCCAAAUCAAUAUUUUUUCUAUUGAAACUGUCCAAAUAAAAAUGUCGUGUUUAAAUGUA